GAUUUUCGGCUGCAGGGUGGGUUAGUGAAAUUGAUUCUCGGAGUCCUUUAAGCAGCUUCUUCGCAGCUGAACGUUGAAGGGACAACUGACUGAAAACAGCUUCUAGCUACUCCAUCUUUACCGCCCAGAACACUAACUCCACCCUCCUCACCGGCCAUGUUCGGCGACCCUGAAAUGGAUGUUUUUAUUGUUGUUUUAGAUUCACUUUCCAUGUUACUGAGAAGAGCUAGAGAUGCCGAGAGACACCAGAAGGGAGGGAGAUUCCCAACAGUUGACAAGAAGGAAUGCAAGAUGGUCAGAGGCAGGGUGGGAAUGAGCCCUGGCUGGUCACUGCAUUUGAUGGUUCUGUGGACUCUCUAUGGAGUCGCUGGAGCACAGGCAUCCAUCACAGCUCACUAUGGCGAGGACAUCACUCUGGGCUGCAUCUUCCACCACAUACCGAGGCUAAAACUCCAUCGACUGAACAUCACCUGGAAGAUGCAAAGAGCCGAGGGAGCAGCUCUCCUGGUUCACAGCUACUAUGGGCAGAGGGACCUGUGGCAGGGACAGGACAAGGUUUACUGGGGCCGGACGCAGCUGGACCCAGAGGGAAUCCACAAAGGAAAUGCGUCCCUGCGACUCAGGGCUGUGGGCUUCCAGGAUGAGGGCUCCUACCUCUGCUACGUCACCUCUGAGCUGGGAACCUCAACCCAGAAGAUGUCCCUGGCCGUGCUAAGGAAGAGUGAAAUGGAGUCUCCCAUCGUAGCUCGGCUGGGGCAGGAUGUCACCCUGAGCUGCCCCUUUGAAUGCAGAUUAAAUCUCCAGCCGUUGAACAUCACCUGGAAAAAGGAAGAAACCGAGGGGCCGGAUCUCCUGGUUCACAGCUAUUGUAAUGGGAUAGAUACGUUGCAGAGACAAGAUGCCUCUUACAAGGGCAGAACACAGCUCCACCCGGAGAGGUUCUCUCAGGGAAAUGCAUCCCUGACGCUAAGGAGAGUUCGCAGCCAGGAUGAGGGAUUCUACAUCUGUCACGUCCAGCUGGAACUGGGACGGUUUUCUGUGCGGAUGCAAGUUACAGUCGAAGACUCUGUGAGUGAUCAGCCAAUACUAGUUGUGCCCUGUGUCUUGUGUUUAGUUUUGUUAAUAUUAAUAAUGUCUAUGAUCAUUAAGAAGCACCAUCCUCUCCUGCUGCAUAAAUCAAUGUUUUGGUUGCAAUGGAAACGGCAGAAGGACAGAGACCAGCCUGAGUCAAACCCGUUGACAGCCAGUGAGUCAUCAAAUCCAAACACAGUCCUACCACCACCUGCCAGCUCCUUACGGCCCUGUGGAGAUGCUACCACCACACGCCAUAGAAGCUCUCAAGUCAUGGAACAUGGUGACACACAGUCUUCCAGCUCCUUGGGCUGUCAGCCAGUUCAGGAGCAUGAACAGCAGGGAAGAGCUGCUACAGAUGUGGUUUGGGAAGAUUUUGACACGCUCUCUGAAGGAGAAAUUGCAGAGCUAAAAGCUGCUGUUGCGACAAAUAACCCGACAGGGCUGGUUUCCGCGCUGCAAGAGGUCAGUGAGGCAGUCAAGAAUGAAAGGUUCAAAGUUGCUGUAGUCGGAGAGGCGGGAUCCGGAAAGUCAUCUUUUGUCAAUGCCACCCGGGGUCUGAAAGAACAUGAUGCAGAUUCUGCUGAGACUGGAGUGCUGGGAGAAACGAUGGUGGAGCCCAAGGCUUAUUCACAUCCCAAAAACCCCAACAUAAUGCUAUGGGACCUGCCAGGGAUCGGGACAAUGAACUGUCGCUUAGACACUUUCCUUGAGCAACGUCACGUCAGACGUUAUGACUUGUUCAUUAUCAUCUCCUGUGGGCGCUUCACAGACAUCGACGCCAGACUUGUGGAGAAGAUUCGAUCACUGGGGAAGACGUUUUACUUUGUCCAUUCCAAAGUGGACUUCGACGUGGCAUCUGCACGGAGAACAAACAUCUGUGAGGAGAGUACCCUGCAGAUAAUCAGAGAGGACUAUAUAUCGCACCUGGGAGGAGAAACAGACAUUUUCCUUAUAUCUAGUUGGGCCCCUGACAAGUUUGAUUUCCCCCACCUGCAGCGAAUGUUAGCAGAGGAAUUCUGCCGUCACAGGGCGAGAGCUUUGCAACGGGCUCUCUCAGAGAGUUCUUUGCCCAUUUUGCAAAAGAUAAAAGUAUCGUUGUAGGAGGCAGAGCAGCUAUGGGGCCAAACUCUCUACUGGGGUAGCUCCAAUUUACACCACCAGAGAAUUUGGCCCAUGUCCUAUUUCUGUGUCCCUCUUGUCAACGUAAUCAAUGCCUACGGUUUAUUAGGGAUCCCACUGGCCAGGGAGUCACAGUUCUUUCCCCGCUUCCCUGGUGUUCUGGGGGAGGGUUGGUGUGAUGGUUUGGGGAGCUGUCUCCAGACCUUCUGAAUUCUGGGUGAUGCAUGAAAUUGUAUCACCCUGUCGUAGAAAGCCGGAUCCACCUCUGCCGACUGUGCACGCAGCAGGCACACGCCGGGAAGGUACUUGACAUUCAGCCAUGGCACUCUGACCACACUAGCUCUGCUAAAGAGCUGCAGCCUAGGGGAGAAAACAACAGUUUUAUCUUCCCUGUCCAGAGAGAGGGGAGAGAAAACACAGCAAAAAACAGAAACAAAAAAGGCCCCGCCACAGCAGCAGGUCUUAACACCUGGGUCAGUUCACUUGGACAUUGACAUACCCGCUUGGGCUUGAGCCAAGGGACCGAGACGCCCCCCACUGUCUAGGUUUCACAGCAUGAGACCAAGUCAAUUCCCCCAGGCUCUGAAACUCCCUGCCCAGGGGUGUUCGUGUGGGGAGGGGUUGCUGAGGAGACGGACUCUCCUCUCUCAUUGUGUUAUUUGCUUCGAUAUUACCACAAGUCCUGGGAGACAGUUAACCAGUGAGCCAGCCGGCUCACACGCCCUGGGGAGAAGUUCUGGGAGAGGCCGAUUUAAGUGCAGGGGAGAGUUUUGUCUCAGUGUUGCCCCCUUAGCGUGACAGCAGGUGCCACGCUCACCUCAUCCAUUGUUUUCCACGUGGCUGCAGCCCUAUAGUUCGGGAUGCCAUUUUUAGGAGCACCCUGCCCCUGCUCCCGGUGUGACCUUGAGUGCACUAUUCAGACAGGCCCCCAGUGUACCUGGAGGUAUCGGUACAGCCCUCUACUCCAAUGAGACUCACACGUGUGCUCAAGUGCUUUGCUGAACCCAGGCCCCAUGCAGCUGUGUUAGGCUGUUGUAGUCCAGCCCUCAGGGAUGCAGGCCUGAAUGCUGAGAGUACGUUUCUCAGACCAGUGCAAUUUCUGAGUAAAACACCCUGUUAUCUGAGGAGAGAGAUGGGCAUAUAAAGCCCACUCAGUCAUGGCCACUGCAGGGUUAAGGAACAGAGUAGCUAAUCCCUAGCUGGGGUGAGCUGGUCAGCAGCAAACUGGCAGGAUACCCGCCCCCGCCCCAGAAAAAGAGCAGGACCAGAACAUCCCUGAGGACUGGCUGAGGCUGUGGGAAAACCAGCCGGCCUAAGUGAUGGGGAUUGCAUUUAUCACACCUUUGAUGAGCUGGCUCAUAUCAAACACCCUGUAAAGGUGCCCGGCCGGGGCUCAACCCUCCCUGGGGAGGAGGGGAGCCACACCGGCCUCACUACACGCUGUCCGAGUCCGCCCUUUCGUCAGGGUCAGGCGACGUUGCACAGUCGCUUGGGACUCCAGCCUUCUGCUACAGGGUGGAGUAAACAGAAAGUCAGCUCGGGGGCCUCAGGCCCUCAGUCCCGGGACUGAGGGCCCCCUCGCCCGAGGCUCGGGCCGCUCGAGCCCUUGAUGCAGGACCGAGCAGUGGCACAGUUUAAAGGGGCCCAGCCCUUGGGUCGGGCGGGGCACCAAACACACAGUU